UGCUCACAAGUACAUGCCGUGUAAAUGGAGGGAAAUCCGAAAUCCUCGUCAAAUCAUGAAAUCUAACAUCGAACAUCCUCGUAAAUAAAUUUGAACACAUAUUUGAAUUUGAAACUUAUUAAUAAUUAAUAUUAUCCGAGUACCGGUCUACUUAGUUAACUACUUUUUUUUUUUAUUUAUCGUAUAUUAAUCGGUGGUAUUAGAUUCGCGUUCCACUGACCGUCCUGAAUUAUUCCCUAAAUAAAAUACGGUGACAUUAGAAACAGUACGAAACUUACCCUGCUUCCUGCAUAGGUCGACCAUCUAUCUGUCUGACACCCGUCGAUUAUGGGUGAAUUCGUGGUACACCAUUUCCUCAGGUGCCAUUCAAAGUCCGACAAUGAUUCGGCUGACGUUUCCACACAGGUGUGGUAUGCGGCGUUCGAGCCGUCCAAUAAAUCUCACUUAGUGGCCACAUGUGGUGGCAACAAGGUCUGUGUUAUCGAUGUGGAGACAGGAAUUGUCCAGUAUAGAUAUACUUAUCCCAAAGGACUGUUGUAUACAUUAUCUUGGAGUACAGCAUGCCCCCGCAAUAAUAUAUUGGCCACUGGCGGGACUAACAAUACAAUUGUGCUCAUAGAUUUGCUAACCAAAUCAGCAUACCUUCACUACAGUUUGUUCCAAGGGAACAAUAGAAAGAUAUUUAUUAGUUCCAUUUUAUUUCAUCCUUCCCAAAAUAUAUUGUUUUGUGCAUUGAACAAUGGAUACUUAUACAUCCUCCAAUUUGAAACUAAUGAUAGUCGUAUCGUAAAUCUUGAAAACCGAUACAACAUUGAUGUCAAGUGCGAAAUUUUUGGAUUAGCUUUUUGUGAAAUAAAUGAUUAUUUACUCAUUGCCACCAAUGUUGGUUUAAAAGGAUGGGAUAACUCUCAGAG